AUGGCAUCUCCGGCGUAUUUCUCGUCUGCCAAGGACUCAAGAAUAGCGUUAAGCUUGUUAACUUUGCUCCUCCUUUUAGUGAUCCGGCCCUUAUUGUUAUGGAGGAUUGCAAGGUUAACCAAUAGGCCUUUGUUUGAAGUCAUGUGUCGUCUAGGCGGUAAGCCGGCAGGGCUAGUAUUGCUUCUUCUAGCCAUCCUCUUUGACGCACCGCAGACCUGCGCCGUACGUCUACAUAAACGAAACCUUGUAGUGCCUAAGAAGCUGAGAUUUCUGCUCACGCAGUACCUUAGUUGGUUUAGGCUAUCACCACGUCUAAUGAAGCAUCAUUUAGAUGUUCUUUGGCCGGGGUACCACGUAGAAGGCGUAAAGGAAUCCCAUAAUAAGAUGGUAAUGACAGGGGGUUGGCUAGAGGAGGCCAGCGAGGGCGCAACACCCUGUGAUGAGCGCUUUAUUGACUCCCUAGCAGCCACUAAACCUAACCCGGAACCUAAAAACGACCCAAAAACCUGUAUAGCUACCAGUAUACGGAAUGUAGGCCCUAUACAUACGUACGGCUUAAACCACCUUGUACGGGUCCCUUCCACGAACUGGGGAACUAAUAAUACCAAGAAAAGGAAGAGAAGUCUUGCCAUCGAAUAUUUGAAUAAUGCCGCAUACCCUGACCUUCAAAACAUAGAUCUUAGAGGUGGACAGACCCGCAUUCAAUACCAACCCUGGACAGCACAGGAGAAAUAA